AUCGAAUACAACUCCAAACGUUGGAGUUUAUUCCGCUCGGCGAUCGCUUCGGGCCUUUUGUGGCUACGGCAGUGUGCUUGCAACUAACGUCCACUCCCCACCAGGGGCACGAUGAGAUGGUGCGCUGUGUUCUUUCUAGUAGUACUGGGACCGCAGUACCCUUUUCAUCCAGCCGGUCCGAAUCAGCAAGUCCGUGGGCGAAUUAAUUUCCUCUGUCGGCACCUUUUCACGUGGCAUCAAAGCCGGGCCCUGGCCACCGAAGUCGUCUCAAAUGAUCCGGUGACGAGCACUGGUCAGCUCAAUUUGAGCCCGAGGAGGGAGCGGAUGGACGGAGAAUGUUUUGGCCGAUGCCCCCGGAAGGGCAACUAAGGAACGUGUGCUCCGUGACAAGGCCGCGAACUGCAGAAGCGAUUGUAAGUUGGGAGUAUCCUGGGUCUAUGCUCAAGCAGCAGGGAAAAUUCGAGCGAAUGAGAGAGAUCAAUUCUUGACCCUUCGAGUCUCUGACGCCGCUUGUUUAAGGAAUUGCGUCACCGGAGGACCAGCGGAACGAGAGCACAGUCGGAUUGGCUCCCUUUACAUUGUUAUCUUUUGUCCUCAUUGUCUGGAUAUCGAAGACGAAUUGGCUAGCCGAGUGCAAUUGAACGGCGUGCUGUUCAUUCUUUAUCUCCGAUCUGGUCGAAGUCGAUUAUGAUUGUGAACCACAACUAGGCGAGAUGGCGGCUACCCCCGUGAAAGAAGAAGAGUUCGAUGAGUCGGUGUAUGAGAAUAUGAUGAUACCUACCCCUGUUGGUGACUUCUACACCGUCCCUUAUCGGGGACUCCUGGUGGCAGAUGUGAGAAACGACGCCGAUCGUUUCAAGGAUGCGACUGAUGUUCUGCGGUUCCUAGUACAGCACGACCCGCGCAGGGUGAAUCACUCGCAAAAGCUCAUCCGUAAUGGUGCUGGCGAUCCCAUCGUUUUCCUUCAGAGAAAGAUGACGAGUCUACAUUACAGAUGGAGUGCUUACCUAGGCGACAAAGAAUCCGAGGAGAAUUACUUGUUCACUAUGAGAAUGCCAUCCGGUAUUCAUAAGCAUGUCAAAUUUCACAUAUUCCUGCCUGGGAAUCUGGAUAAAAAGUCGCCCGACUUUGUUGUGAAGGGUGAAUUCAAAGAUCACACAUACACCAUAUCUCACAGGGAUGUGCCAGUAGCUCAGGCCAGUGAGGUACAUGAAAUGGUGUGAGCUGAGUUGAGUUGGUGAAAGCUUUUCUUUCAUAAAUAACGCUGGCAGACGGUUCUGAAUGGAAUAGAGUAGGAUCUUAUCCUGCAAUUUUGUUAGAGAAGCCAAGUAGCCAUUGUUCUUCAGUUUAUCUCGCUCGAGGCUGCUGAUGAAACAGGGAAGGGAUUACCGACAAGUUAGAUACGUAACUAUUUGCACAACCUCACACUGUGCUCAGCUGUGAAUGAAAUAUCUUUUCUAACACCAAUUUUCAUACAUCGUUGUAUCAACUUCAUGUUGUCUAUCUGGAUGUGGAAGAAUACGCUUUGUGUUUAUCUUCUGGUCUGAAGAUGAAACGUUUUUGUUAACACGAAUCGACUAGGGUGUAUUGAAGUGGCUUGGACUCUAUUAAACAAACUAUAGUCUUGCGCCUCCCGACGAGGGAUGCUCUGUCAUCUGGGGUUACUGCCAGGAAUAUGUAGGUCUACAAGAAGGAAUUUCUUUUUAGUUUAUCCUCCAAGUUGGAUCCUUCCAUUACCUUUCUGGAUUUCAGUUUUGACCUCGUAAAUCAGCGUCAUCAACUUUUUUGGAAACUGAUCAUAGUACCUGACAAGAGUUAGCGCUGGAUGCGGUCAUGUGUGCAGAUUGUGAAGAAGUUGGACAUUGAGGCUAUCAAACUAGAUAAGAAAGAUUAUGCUAUGAAGCUCUGUCCCGGAGCUGAUCAUGCUUUCGUCAUUUCUGUAGUGUCUAUUAUAGAACAACUGAAUGUGGACGGAUUUCUGCCCAAACUUAGCAGAAAUCCAUCCACGAAAAUUGUAAAGUAGAGCAGUACUUCUAAGUGUGGUAGUAAAAUAACUCUAAUGAUUGUUUUUUAUUCUCAGGUCUCACGAUUCUUCUGAGUCGUGAGACCUAACAUAAUUCAUCUCUUGGACUGUAAACAUAAUUCAUUCAUAUAUCCUGUCGAGUUCACCUUCACGUACAUUCUGGACUUCGGAAAUUUGCCAUUAAUAUAGGCAUUUUUGUUCAUCAGUCAACUAGCUUAUUCGUCUCUGCUC